AUGCUCGACUUUCUUAACCGCUGGCGUCUACGAGAGGACACUUCAGAGGAAGAACGCCUCCCUUGGCCAGUAACGCAACAGGGACACGGAGGACCCCCCUCAGCGUCUUCCGCCCAAUUGGACAUUAGCGCCAUCAGCCCGCCCAUCCCACGCUCUGGAACAAGCUCCCUCACGGGUUUCAGCGAAGAACAUGUUACGCACUGGCAGCAUUAUCGGCAGCCUAGCCCGAUUCGUCGUCCGGGUGUUGGUCCUCGCGUUAGAGUACCGUCGGAAGAAAAGGAUGAUGAAGAGGCGACGUCGACUGUCCAAGUUCCUCCGCCUGCUGUUGUGCGCGUGGAUGGCCAUGGUGGGAGUAUACCAAGGCCGUCGGUGGUGCCCCAUGGGCAUGUACAUCCUAUUCCUAUGACCCGGUCUGCUUCUUCUCCCCCUUCCACGGCGUCUCUUCGUAGCCCCUCGCCAUCACCUUCGACGGAGUCAACAACAACGACCUCAAACACAACAACUAAAAUGAAGCUGAAGCUUCAACCACCCGAGAUCUUCUCGCAAAGUACGCAUUCGUUACGAUUGGACUCUCAACCUCAUUCGGUCAACACUGAUAUGUAUGGAAACUCGUAUAAUUAUCCGCUGGCGAAACAGUUGUCGCCCAUUGCGGAGCAGGAUUAUAUUUCGCCGGGUUCGACGAGGCAGUCGACUGGGUUGCCUAGUCGUGAAGGGUCGCAGAAUGAUUUAUCAAGGUCUACCUCUGCUGGAUCUGCCUCUGCGUCUGGACCUCCUUCGGGUAUAUCGGCUAAUGCUAGUCCAGAUGGAUCACAAGGAUCCGAAAUUACUCGACCCUCCCCAUCCUAUUCCUCGCCAUUCAUCACACGCCAACUCAACCGAACAACAUCCCAAACCUCUUCAAGGACACACGUAUCAACAACAUCCACCGUCGUCACCCGUCCCCCACCCGGCACUGGCACUGGCACGACAACAACCAAAACCUCCGAACCCCCAAGCAUUCCCCCUCUCGACCUCCGACCUCCCUUUCCCGGUCCACACCCCAGCCAAAUUAAUGGCUCAGGACCCCCGCUUAGACUGCGCAGGUCGACGAUGUCCGUUAUCGCGGGCAGCGCAGAGGGGUAUUACGAUGAAGAUCCAGAGGAGUAUGGAGGUGAUCAUGAGUCGUUGCAUGCUGAUAGCUUUGUUACCGCUACGAGUAAAGAUCGGGUGCCUGGUCCUGGUGGGUCUUCAAGGCAGAUUCCCCAUGACGAGGAGGGAGGGGAGGAAGAGGAAGAAGAGGAUGAGAAAGUGUCGAUGUACGGACACAGGAGAAACAACCCAAGUUUACCGUCCAUCCGCUCUAUACGAUCCCAAGCCCAAUCUACCAACGAAUCAUUCAUAGCUCGACGAUGGGACCGAGACGCCGCUCUCGGUUCAGGCAGACCUCACACCUUUCGCGCGAAAAGGCAAUGGAUAACCGUAACUCCAGCAUUUUGGGCGUUUUGGCUUGGCUUCCUAUGUCCCGUCCUAUGGCUCGUCGGUGGUUGGCAUUUCACCAAUUUCGGGGAACAGCCGCCUCGUCUGACGUUUUGGGAGUUUUAUUUCAAUGCUGGGUAUUGGAAGGAGAAGUUUUGUGGUGGGCGGAAUAAGAAGCGGGAUUUGAUGGUGAUGAAUGCUACUAUGAUGGGUAUGGCUGCUGGUGCCACAGGGGAGGGAUUAGCUGGGGAAGGUGGUGGUGGUGGGAAGAAGGCGCCGGUACAGUGUCUUGGCCCGCCUUUGCCUAGAUGGGUCGCGGAGAAACAGGCGUCAGAGGACGGCAGGGCUCGGUUGAACGAUCCCAAGCGGUCCCUGCGCGGGAUAUCCUUCGGGUACCCGUUCAUCUCUCGUCCCGUGCAGUGUUCAGAACGAACUAGACCCAAGAGCUGGUUCGCGAGGACGUUCAAGGUGGUGGUGUCAAAGCCCAACAGGGUCUUCGAUCACCUGCUCUAUGGCGUCAAAUUGAAGGAGGUGAGGGGACGCCCAGAGUCCGGGAGGAGGAUGUUCGAUCCUUGGAUUCAGAGAUGUCGAACUUUUAUGAAGAGGUGUGGUGUGGCGCAGGGUCAUCUAUCGAUUCUGAACGAUUACCAGUGCUGUUGUAGACAAUUGUGGGAGGCAGCAAUGUAA